AUGAUCGUCCACUUUUCAACUUUGGCGCUCGCCACUCUCUUGUCUUCUUCCUCAGUCAUCGCAAUCUCUCCCUCUGAGAUUCCCCCUGAUACCCCGAUCUCCUCUCUCCUCACGUCUGCAAACACCCACCUGGCAAAAGGCGAGACCAACGACGCUCUCACUUACUACGAUGUUGCGAUCUCCCGCGACCCUCAGAACUACCUCACUUAUUUCAAGCGGGGUGCAACGUACCUCUCCCUGGGCCGAACCGUGCAGGCAACCUCUGACUUCGACAAAGUCCUGUCGAUCAAGCCUGGGUUUGAGGGAGCUUUGAUACAACGUGCGAAAAUACGAGCCAAGAACGGUGAGUGGGAGGCUGCGAAGAAGGAUUACCAGUCUCACGGCAAAUCCGGAGAAGACCUGGCCGAGUUAGAGGAAGCAAAGGGCGCAGCUGCGCUCGCGAGUGCUGCCGAGGAGGUGGGAAAUUGGGAGGAAUGCAUCAGCCAGUCUGGAGUGGCCAUCAUGGUCGCAAGCAAGAUGCUGUCCUUACGAAAAACGAGAGCACACUGUCGAUUCGAGCGCGGGGAGGUGAUGGAGGGGAUGAGCGACUUGAAGCACGUUCUCCAGAUGCAGCCGGGACAGACGGAACCGCAUAUUCAGAUAGCGGCCAUCACGUACUAUGCGCUUGCCGACUUGGAGCAUGGGAUGGACCAGUUGAGGAAGUGCUUGCAUUCGGAUCCGGACUCGAAGAAGUGCAAGAAGCUGUACAGACGGCAAAAGACGCUGGAAAAGCAGUUGGCGCAAGUGAACAAACACUUCGAGAAGAAGCAAUACGCGAGCUCUCUGAAAUUGCUGUUACCGGCAGGCGAGGACUUGGGACUGGUGCAAGAUAUCAAGGACGAUGUGAAGGAAUUACGGGAAGCUGGUACAAUUCCAGAGCACGCGCCCAACGACCUGGAAAUUGGAGUGGUGGAUAAGGUUUGCGAGGCUUACCAUGAGUUGAAAAACACCAAGAAAUCCAUCACAUGGUGCGACGAAGCGAUCAAACUGAAUGAGAACUCCCUUUACGGUCUCCUCAACAAAGCCCGCCGAUCCAUGGAAGCCGAGAACUUCGACGCCGCCAUUGCAUCCCUAAAACAGGCCAAAGAACACCACCCCGGCGCUCAGCAAAUCAACCAGCUACUGCACAACGCGCAGCUCGAGCUCAAGAAGAGCAAGACGAAAGACUACUACAAGGUCCUCGGCGUUCCCAAAGAUGCAGAUGAGUUACAGAUCAAGUCGGCGUACAGGAAGAUGAUUAAACUGCACCACCCCGACAAGGCCCACAAGCAGGGUAUCACCAAGGAGGACGCGGAGAAGAAGAUGGCUGCGGUUAACGAGGCCUAUGAAGUUCUCAGUGACCCCGAGCUGAAGCACAGAUACGAUCAAGGCGAUGACCCUAAUGAUCACGAACAGCAACGACAGCAUCCUUUCCACGGACAACAGUUCCGCGGCAAUCCCUUUGGUGGACACAGUGGUGGCGGUGGGCAGCAGUUCAAGUUCGAUUUUGGCGGCGGAGGAUUCCCUGGUGGCUUCCAGUUUGGUGGCUAA